AUGGCGUCCUUAGAGGCGCUGUUGGGUCCCAUGGCCCGGCGGCUCCUCCGAGUCGCCGUGGCCAAAACCACAAACGUGGUUCGGACCAAGCUCGUCCUUAUGACGCGGCCGCUGCAGUCCGAGUUCCACCAUCUUACACUCAAGACCGCCAGAGUCGCCCGCCAGCCAAUUCACCCCGUCGCUGUCCUCCGGCAGCAGAAGCGCCAUACCCGAUGGUUCUCGAGCUCCGCUGCUCAGAAUAUCAACCGUGUGGUUAGGAGAUUUGUUAGCUCCGAGCCCAAGGCCGCCCGGUUCGACCGAUCCCAGCUCCCGGUCUCCAACACCUCUCGCCGUGUUGGACAGUUCUCCGGCCGAGCCCCUUUCGCCAGCACGCUCCGUCCGAACUUGACCGGAGGUGCUAUGCCCCGGACCGCCGGCGGGUACAGUCUCGGAGGCGGAGCUCGGUACUUCUCGCAUACCCCGGCCGCUCCGGCCCAGGUUGUGCAGAAUGUCUCGCAGGCCAUGAGGGCCUUCUUCCUCUCUGGGCAGAAGCUCCGAUACGACGGCCUCGGACCCCACGGUGACCGUCAGUAUCGCGCCGUGUCACCCGUGGAGGAUGAAGCGAUGCGAAAGUUCUCUUCCAUCCCUCACACCGCUCCCGGCGCCUUUGUCGACUUCCAGCUCAGCCCCACCGUCACGGCUCUCAGCCCUCUCGCUGCCGCCAUCCCCUUUGCGUCUGAGACCUCCGGUUUCAAGGCCGAGGCCGCCCUCGCCGGCGCUUCCCUCAACACUGAGGGUUUCCUCGAUGUUCUGUCUGCUGAUUUUGGCCGAGCAUUGCAGGAUCUCACCGCGAUAUUUGCGGAUCUCCGCAGACUUGCAAUUUUAGGCGACCUUCCGGUUCUUUUAGAGAAGCACAACACUUUGCGAGUCCGGUUCCCUGGAGUCGACGCUGAAACCAUUGAGCGACUAUGCGAUGACAUUGGGGUUCAGCGUGGAGUUGUUGGUCAGGACCCCAACUUUGACACUGAAGUUGGCGUCCCGAUGGCCCUCAAGUUUCCCUUUGCUCCUGACACCACCAAGUCAGCAAUGUCACCGACCAUGUCGGUCCGAUCUGUGGAGGGUUACGACUUUGAACAAGUGUCUUCCCUGGACGACGAUGACUUUGUUCGAGAAGCCUUUAUGGAUGAGAUGGCUGACAACCCCUGGUUGACUGAGACCGAGGGAUACGAGACCAUGUCACCUCCGGCUAGCUCCAUGGCGGGACCUUCGGAAGACUACGAGGGUCUUGAAGGGAUCUAUCGAUUUCUGGAGGAAUGUGACAGAGCCAAGGGAAGAGUUGGCUAA